AAAACGCCUCGCGGGGCGAAGGCCGCCGCUUGCGUGGCGUCACUUCCCGCCGCCCGCGCAGCAGCGGCAUCAUGGCGGAGCCGGAGGAGCAGCAGCAGCAGCAGCAGCAGCCGCCGCCGCCCGCCGCGGCGCAGAGCGGGGGCCGGAGCGACGGCGGGGAGGAGGUCCCGGAGGGCGGGGCCGCUGCGGGGCCCGCCGAACCGGGGCCGCCCUCAGCCGGGUCGCCGGGCACCGAGGAGCCCGUAGGCGACGCGAAAAAGAAAAUUGAUGUGCUGCUGAAGGCCGUGGGCGACACCCCCAUCAUGAGGACCAAGAAGUGGGCGGUGGAGCGGACCCGGACCAUCCAGGGCCUCGUGGACUUCAUCAAGAAGUUCCUCAAGCUGAUGGCCUCAGAACAGCUGUUCAUAUAUGUAAACCAGUCUUUUGCUCCAUCUCCAGACCAAGAAGUGGGGACCCUCUAUGAGUGUUUUGGAAGUGAUGGCAAGCUUGUACUGCAUUAUUGCAAAACUCAGGCAUGGGGAUGAAUGACUGACAACACAGUUGUUCAGGUGUUCUCUUCAAAAAUGGAGAAAGGACUAAUUUAAGCUGUAAACACACAGAAAGAGGGAUGUUUGCGUUGCUGCCUUUGAGCAUAUGAUGCAGGUGAAUAGCAUAAGCAAAGAGCUGCCUAGGCUAUCUGUUCACAUGGCUUUUUCCUGAUGUACAUUUGGGGUGCAGAAAAAACACCUGCAUCUGCCAGUACUCUUGCUGCUGACUUCUUAAUUGCUGUAUCUGAAGGGAAACUAUUUCACUUGUCUGGAGGACUGACUGGACAGCUCUGUAUAUGCUGUACUGAUGAUAAGAGAACCUUUUUAUUAAAAGUAAUGUCUGUUGUGCAUGUA